AUGGUUGUUCAAAAUCAAAGGAGUAGAAAGAUGAAUCAAACUACCAUCAAUGAUGCCUACAAAAAGGAAGCAAGAGAAAGAGCUUGCACGCUUAUCACAAGAUGGAUGUAUGAGGCUGCUAUUCCAUUUAAUGCAGUCACAUAUCCAAGUUUCCAAUCAAUGAUUGAGGCUAUUGGCCAAUAUGGUGUGGGUAUGAAGGGACCAACUUUUCAUGAGGUAAGAGUUACCAACUUUAAGAAAGAAUUGGCUCUCACAAAAGAUUUGAUGAAAGAUCAUAUGGUGGAAUGGGGGGAAAAUGGAUGUUCAAUUAUGUCGGAUGGAUGGACCGAUAAGAAAAAGAGAACUUUGGUGAACUUUUUGGUUAAUUGUUCAAAGGGAACCAUGUUCAUGCAAUCCAUUGAUGCUUCUUCAAUGAUUAAGACGGGAGAAAAGAUGUUUGAGUUACUUGACAAAUGGGUAGAGCAAGUUGGUGAAGAGAAUGUUAUUCAAGUUAUAACAGAUAAUCACUCAAGUUAUGUGAUGGCAGGGAGGUUGUUAGAAUUAAAGCGUCCACAUUUGUAUUGGAUACCAUGUGCUGCACAUUGCCUUGACUUGAUGUUGGAAGAUAUUGGAAAGCUACCAAACAUCAAGAGGACAUUGGAGAGGGCUAUAUCACUAAAUGGGUAUAUUUAUAAUCGCUCAGGGCUACUCAACAUGAUGAGGCAGUUUACUGGACAAAGGGAAUUGCUUAGGCCUGCUAAGACUCGGUUUGCAACUACUUUCAUCACAUUAUCGCGAUUGCAUGAACAAAAAAACAAUUUGAGGAAGAUGUUUACAAGCACAGAUUGGUCAGAUAGUAAAUGGGCAAAAGAGCAGAAGGGGAAAACUAUAGCCAACAUAGUUCUAAUGCCUUCAUUUUGGAACACUAUUGUGUUUUGCUUAAAGGUUUCGGGUCCCCUAGUUCGUGUGCUUCGUUUGGUUGAUGGUGAAAAAAAAGCUCCUAUGGGAUACAUCUAUGAGGCCAUGAAUAGAGCUAAGGAUGCAAUUGUGAGAAGUUUUAAUGGAAAUGAAGAGAAGUACAAAGAAAUCUUCAACAUCAUUGAUAAGAGGUGGGAGAUUCAGCUUCAUCGGCCUUUGCAUGCAGCAGGGUACUUUUUGAACCCGGAAUUCUUCUAUGAUAAGCCAAAAAUAGAGCAUGAUGCCGACAUUAUGAGUGAUUUGUAUAAAUGCAUCUUAAGGCUAACAAGAGACCCUGCUAAGCAAGAAAAAGUUGUGGCCGAAGUGAGUUUGUUCACAAAUGCCCAAGGACUAUUCGGGAAUGAGUUAGCUAUUAGGACAAGAAAGACUAGAGCACCAGGUUAG